GGGGCGCGGGCGAUUUGUAGUUAAUGGCAGGCGUUCGGUCACUGAGGUGUAGUAGAGGCUGUGCUGGCGGCUGUGAGUGCGGCGACAAGGGCAAAUGCCGCGACUCCUCGCUGUUGGGCAAGAGACUCUCCGAAGACUCGAGCCGCCACCAGCUGCUGCAGAAGUGGGCGAGCAUGUGGAGCUCCAUGAGCGAAGACGCGUCGGUGGCCGACAUGGAGAGGGCGCGGCUGGAGGAGGCGGCGGCUGCGGAGGAGAGGCCGCUGGUGUUCCUGUGCUCCGGCUGCCGGCGGCCGCUGGGCGACUCGCUGAGCUGGGUGGCCAGCCAGGAGGACACCAACUGCAUCCUGCUUCGCUGUGUUUCCUGUAAUGUUUCUGUGGAUAAGGAACAGAAGCUAUCCAAACGUGAAAAGGAAAAUGGUUGCGUCCUUGAGACUUUGUGCUGCGCGGGGUGCUCACUCAAUCUUGGCUACGUGUACAGAUGCACGCCCAAGAAUCUUGAUUACAAGAGAGACUUGUUUUGCCUCAGUGUUGAAGCCAUUGAAAGUUAUGUUUUAGGGUCCUCUGAAAAGCAAAUUGUGUCAGAAGAUAAAGAGCUUUUUAAUCUUGAAAGCAGAGUUGAAAUAGAAAAGUCUCUAACACAGAUGGAAGAUGUCUUGAAAGCAUUACAAAUGAAGCUGUGGGAGGCCGAAUCCAAAUUGUCCUUUGCCACUUGUAAAAGCUGAACUCUAGUCUGUGUCCUCCAUUCUGCCCCCGUCCUUCCUCCCCUUAUUUGUUAAAUGAAGCAACAUAGUGAGACGUCGUCUCUA